AACAAGAUGGCAUCGAUGCCAAUAAAGUGGACAAAGCUGGUGACACUCCUCUCCAUCUGGCAGUUCGAAAGCAACAAUAUGGUGUGGUAUCGUGAUGCUGGCCCAGGAUUCAGUGAAACUGGAUAUUGAGAAUCAUAAGAAAAUGACACCAUUGAUGGAAGCCGUGUCCAGGGCCCACCUCGGAAUUAUCCAUAAACUUAUUAUAAAUGGUGCAAACAUAAAUGCUGUCGACAAUGAUGGCAAUAAUUGUUUGCACCUCUCAAUAAUAAAGAAAGAGAUGUUCCAUUCUGAGGUGGAACCCAUUCCCAUUUUAGAUGAGUGCUGCAGAGAGCUCCAACUGGACAUGGAUAGGAGGCUCUCUGGAAUAGUAGUUUUGAGUUACCUUGCCAGCCAAGGAGCCAACUUAUACCAUCGUAAUAAGAAGAAGAAAGUGACCCCAUUGGACUACAUAAAAGAUCAACAUGUGAAAGAAAAUUUAAAAACAUUUUUACAAUCACUGUGUCGGUGGUGUCAAGAGAAAAAGGCUACUGUCACACUCCAUCCAUGUCAACAUACUGUUAUUUGUCAGAAUUGCUGUUCUCAAAUGACAUUUAAGCAAUGCCCCAUAUGUCGACAACACAUACUCCGGAAAAGUGGAUUUGUGUGUCCAAAGUUUGAAGAGAAAGCAGUCCAGGCGGUUGUAGAGUCUGUUGUGUGUCCAAAGUCUGAAGAGAAAGCGGUCCAGACGGUUGCAGAAUCUUUUGAUUCUGUAAUGGUAGAGGAGAAGCAUCUUCAUUGGGUGUCCAGAAGCUUGGCAGGUAAAUGGCAGGAACUUGGAAGGGAAUUAGGAAUUAAACAAGAUGACCUGGAAAUCAUCAGGCAUGACUAUUCCUCCAGCGUUGUGGAACAAGGUUUCCAGAUGCUGCUCAAAUGGUGUCGAAGCAAUGACCCAGAGAAACGUACACUUCGAAUAUUAAAAGCAGCUCUUGAAAGAACUGACUGUUUCGGUGCAAUUGAAUGUUUAUCAUCAGAAUUCAAUCGAAUUUCUUUGUAAAUUGUUGCUGUUGCUUAGUCCCACAUCUAUCUUCACCACAGAUCUAUUAUCAAAUGCCUUCCAUCCAGGACCAUCCUGUCUUUUCCCUAAGUAUAGAGAACAGAACCACAUAGUUAAAUGUGUCCUUCUUUAAGGCAACAGGUUUUGAAUGGAGUAGGAUUUGGUUACUAAUUCUAGCAGAUCUAUCUACCACAUGCAGACCCGCUUAUUGGUUUGGCUCCCUCGUUGUUCGAGAUUAACUGUGGAAAUAAAGACAAACUUUGAAAUUUCA